AUGGGGGAUAGCUUGGCGAAGAGCUUUUGGCACAAUCCGGAGGUUGGAUUUUCUUUCUCUAAUUCUUUGGGGAGGUCGGGAGGUUUGAUCACUCUUUGGAAUAGUAAUAAGGUGGUGGUGGUGGGAAGUUUUAAGGGAGAUGGGUAUUUGGGCAAUAUAGUGGAGUGGAAGAAUAAGAUUUUUUACAUUAUUAAUAUUUAUUCUUCUUGUUUGUUGAGCAAGAAAAAGGAGAUGUGGAAGGAGCUUUUAGAUUUGAAAGAAGCAUUCAAAGAUGGCGAAUGGAUAAUGGGAGGAGAUUUUAACGCUACAAAAAACUCUAGUGAAAGGAAGGGGAGAACGGCGACAACACAUCAUUAUGAAGAGGAGCUAUUUUCGGAUUUCAUUGAUAAAAGCCUUUUAGUGGAUGUUCCAUGUAAAGGUAAAAAAUUUACUUGGUUUAGUGGUGACGGCAAAUCUAUGAGUCGCUUAGACCGUUUUCUUAUUUCUAGUAGCAUUGUUGUGGAUUGGGGGGUGGUUGGUCAAGUCAUAGGUGAUAGAGACAUAUCGGACCAUUGCCCGGUUUGGUUAGUAAUGGAUGGUUUGGAUUGGGGACCGAAGCCUUUUAGAUUCAAUAAUGAGUGGUUUUCAUCUAAUUUGUUCAUUCCUUUUGUGGAGAAAGAAUGGAAAAGCAUGAAGGUGGAAGGUAGAGGAGAUUUUAUUUUAAAGGAAAAGCUUCGCUUAUUAAAAGACAAACUUAGAAGAUGGAACAAAGAGGUUUUUGGGAAGAUAGAGUUGGAAAUGGAAGAUGGAAUCCGGGAUUUGAAUAUUGCCGAUGAAAGGUUAGUUUCCGAUAACGACGCUUCUUUUGAUGAUAAUUUUGCUUUAAGGAAGGAAUCUUGUGCUAAGUUUUGGAGGAAUUUGAAGAUAAAAGAAAAUAUGCUACUUCAAAAAUCUAGAGUUAAGUGGAUUAAGGAGGGAGAUUCUAAUAGCGGUUUUUUCCAUAAGGUGAUGAAACAAAGGAGAAGGAUAAAUAAUUUAGGUCCUCUUUUUACUCCCGAGGGUUUGGUGGAUUCGGUUGAAGAUGUAAAAGAGGCGGUGUUCAAUUUUUUCGAGAACAAAUUCCUAGAAACCGAAGUGAGUCGACCGGUGUUGGAUGGUAUUCCCUUUAAUUCUAUCAAUUCUUUGGAAGCGGCGGAUAUUGAGAAGCCUUUCUUAGAAGCCGAAAUUAAGGAGGCGUUGUGGGAGUGUGGGGGAGACAAGAGUCCGGGUCCGGAUGGUUACUCUUUUCUUUUCAUAAAGAAUUGUUAG